AUGAACCGGAAUAUAGAGGCCCAUGAUGCGCCGAUGUCCACAAGAAGGAAAAGCAGCAUUAUUGCAACGACAGAAAAGCAGCUGCUGUCAGUAGAUCCAAGCCUCACAUCCACAGAUGUGUUUCCGUCUGUCUCCAAGGACGUGAAGUAUAGUCCAGAGACAACGAUCACUGAGAAAGAGACCAGUCCAAUCGCGGAGAAGGACGAAGAAAAAGACGAAGCUCCGAACAAUGAUACACCAGCGGCACUUGUACCAAAGUAUCUAUCAGGUGCCCAGCUCUGUGUCGUCAUCACAUGUGUUAUUAUUGUUGCCUGGUUGAUGUUUCUUGACAGCUCUAUCAUUGUGACCGCUAUUCCUGCAAUCAGUGAUGAGUUUCAUUCCCUUCAAGAUAUCGGUUGGUACGGCAGUGCAUAUCACGUUUCCAAUGCCGCGUUCCAGCCGCUCACGGGCAAAAUCUACCGCUACUUCAGCUCAAAGUGGUCCUUUUUCGUCUUCCUGGUCGUAUUCGAAAUUGGAUCUCUGAUCUGCGGGGCCGCGCCCUCGUCCCUGAUAUUGAUCGCGGGCAGAGUAAUCGCGGGGAUCGGUAGUGCUGGCAUUAUGAGUGGUAGCUUGACAAUCAUCGCCGGGUCAGUGCCUUUAGAAAAAAGACCUGCCCUGAUGGGUCUGGUCAUCGGACUUGCAAACUCUGGGAGCGUUUGCGGUCCUGUUCUUGGCGGAGUCCUGACCGACUAUGCCAAUUGGCGUUGGACGUUCUACAUCAAUCUCCCGAUAGGAGGCGUCGUCCUUCUGUUUCUGGCAUGGUGCCAAAUUCCCGAUCAGGUGCCGAAACCGAAGCCAAUGGCAGUCAUCUCGAAAGUGCACACAUAUCUCGAUUUGCCUGGCUUCUUGCUGUGCGCUGGUGCCGCGGUCCUAUUUCUCACGGCGCUCGAGCUUGGCGGGAACAAAUAUGCUUUCCACAGCCUCACGGUAAUAGGACUGUUCUGCGGCUCUGCUGUGGCUCUCGCAGCCUUUCUGGUGUGGAAUUACCGAAAAGGAGAUGACGGGCUGAUCCCAUCAUCAAUGGCCGGCAAGAGGCCCGUCUGGUCCGCUGCCGCCACCACCUUCACGCUUGUUGGAUCGGCAAUGAUUCAGAUCUACCUGCUUCCGCUCUACUUUCAAGCUGUCCAAGGUGCCACGCCGGUUCAGAGCGGGAUCAAUGUCCUGCCAAGCAUCUUGUCACAACUAGCUUUUGCUUACGGCGGUGGCGUGCUAGUCGGUAAGUUUGGGUAUUAUUUGCCGUGGGCUAUUGCCGGCACAGCGGCGACCAUCAUUGCUAGCGGCCUCUUCACUUCACUCACACCGACAACUUCUGUUGCUCAAUGGGUUGGUUAUCAAAUCAUCACUGGCGGUGGACGGGGCAUUGUUCUACAACUGCCGAGCAUUGCUAUUCAAGCGAACUUGCCUCCGGAACAGAUCUCAAUGGGUAUGUCACUCGUAAUGUUCUCGCAAUUUAUGGGAUCUGCCGUUGCUCUGGCUGUAGGCAACGUGAUAUUUGUCGGGGCAUUGCGGCAAGACCUUUCUAAAUUUGCACCGAAUGUCGAUCCGUUAACGGUGCUCGCGGCCGGAGCUACCGGGUUCCGCAAAGUCGUCGCCCAAAAAGAACUGCCCGGAGUGCUCAUGGCAUACGUAUCGAGCGUCAACAAGGAAUUCUACCUGUCCCUCGGGCUGGCUAUAGCAUCAUUCUGCUUUGCGUGGGGCAUGGGAUGGAGAGACAUUCGACCAACAGAGAAAUAUCCUCCGCGGCGGAUGGGACGGCCGGCCAAGAAGCGCUUGCACCAGGAAAGCGCCCAGUUGACCCCGUCAACCACAUUCCGACGAUCAUCGACAAUGUCCAGUAGCACCACGAUCCAAACAAUGACAAGCCCAUCCGAAGUGGUUCCAUCCAACGUCAACGACGCGAGCGACUUUCAAUACGGAUUAGGGGUCGUACCGAGCCAUCCGGAGGAAGACGGAGCUUGGACUGGCAACUUUCAAGAUCCUUUGCUUGAACUUUUGCAGAGCAACGGCACGAAGCUGAUGUCUACGGAAUGGAUGGACACAGAUACGUUGGGAUUCUUGGCCCAUCAAGACGAAAGUCUUCUGGCGCAACCCCACGACAUGCCUCUCACGCCUCCAACAACGAUAGGCUCUUUACCCAAUACCACAGAGGACAGCUGGAUACCAAGUUGUGAUCACCCAUCCGAAUUUGGCCACGCCGAGUCCUUCGCCGGUGAUACUCUUCCGCCGUCGCCAGAAACAACUAUAAGGUCAUCCGAGUCGGCAGCUCAGCGACUCAUCGAUCUUCAGUCUCUCCUAUUCUCGAGGCACCUAAUGGGGGCACAGGAUGUAGACGGGCUUUCGGCACUCAUCAACAAAACCGUGCACUCGACGGAAACUCUCAUUGAGAUUCUGGAGAGCUUACCGCAGCUGAGGCCGAGCGUGGAAGGACGACGAUCUACCUCACCGCCAUCCUACUGUGCAGCAGCAACCGAUACUUCCGGCUUCGCCACCGAUUCAUUAUUAGCACAGCACCCGGAAGAGACACAGCAGCACCCACCAAACCUCACACUCAUUAUCUCUCUUUUUAUGACAAAUUAUCUUCUUCUUUUGGAUUCAUACGAAGAACUUCUCGGCGCCCUUAGGAGUUGUCUACAGUGUUCACGACAGAGCCAGGGGCCGAGUCCUGGCAGCGAGUUUAGCCUUGUACAGCCAUUCCUGGGCAGCAAUACCCCCGGCGGGAAUUUCAGCAAGUUCAACGUUUUCAGCUCGUUUGACUUGGAUGUCAACUCGGUUGUGUUCUUGUUGUCACGAAUGAUGAAGAGACUGCAGAAAUCUACGGAAAGCCGCUUCGCUGCGGUUUCCAUGACACCACCUGCUGUUGGCCAAUCCCAAAGGCAGGGGCUCCCGGUCUCAGCUACGUCCCACAACUUUGACUUCCAAGACGGGAUAGGCCAGGAUAGGGACGGGUGUUCGGAUACGUCAGGGUCUUAUUCUCCGAUGGCUUUGAUGGGGCAUUACGCGCUGCGGGAAGUGAGCCAGAAGCACCAGAGCGUGAUGGAGUCGCUCCGAGUCGUCGGGUGGCUUGCGGAUGAAUUAUGA